AUCAUCUAUUCGCCGAAGCAGAGAGAAAAUACGUGAAGAGAAAGUCAAACAAAUCAAAGAACUUUUCAAAACUGAAGACUUGAAUGCUAAUGUUCUACACUGGGAUGGAAAAGUUUUAAAAACUUCAAGUGGAAAAAAUAAAGAACGACUACCAGUUGUAUUAAGUUGUGGACAAAUUGAAAAAAUAUUAGCGAUCCCAGUACUAGAUGAUGGUACAGGACAGUCUCAAGCUGAUGCAAUGUUUGACGCUAUUAUUGAUUGGGGUAUUCCUGACUGUAUCAAAGCUCAUUGCUGUGAUACUACUGCUGCAAAUCUAGGAUCAGAUAAAGGAGCUGCAGUUUUACUUAAACAGUUGCUUGAAAAAAAACUACUGUAUUUGCCUUGCAGGCAUCACAUAUUUGAACUUAUUCUAAGGGAUGUUUUUGAACUUAAAAUACCUACAACUUCAGGUCCUGAUGUACCUUUGUUUAAAAAAUUUCGAGAGCAUUGGGCAGAAAUUGAUAAAAGUCAAUAUUCUACUGGCGUUGAAGACUCGUAUGUGCAAGACAAAAUACAAAAUCACAUUGAAGACAUCAAUCAAUUUAUCCAAAAGCAACUUGAUUCUGAACAACCAAGAGAAGACUACAGAGAACUUUUGGAGCUUGUUCAGAUAUUUAUUAGUAAAGUUCCGUGCAGUGAAGUAAAAUUUAGAAAACCGGGUGCAUUCCAUCACGCUAGAUGGAUGUCAAAGGCUAUAUACAGGGUGUCUGAUGCAAAAGUAGCCACCUUGAAAAUAGUG